AUGAAGCGGACGGCUGGAGUGGCCAGGCACAAUGGCCUCGUCUCUCCGCUGGGGAACAACAACUCCGGAGCUUCGAGCAUCGUAUCACCGCACAGAGCCGCUAGCAUUCCCGCUUCUGCCGACAGCGGUGCCGGCGGUGGGAUGGACGGCCUGGUGGAUUUCUCCAAAGGCCUCGUCGUCAAAACCGAACUGGUGUGCAAAUGGAUUGACCGAACUUCUUCGAGACAGAGGCUCGGGCGGACGGCGACGACCGUCUGCGACCAAACUUUCAGCUCCAUGCACGAGCUGGUGGACCACGUCACCACCGAGCAUGUAGCCGCGGGGCUGGAGAGCCUCAGUCACGUCUGCAUGUGGGACGAGUGCCUGCGCGGCGGGAAGGCUUUCAAAGCCAAAUACAAACUCAUCAACCACAUCCGCGUGCACACCGGAGAGAAGCCGUUUUCAUGCGCGUUUCCCAACUGCGGCAAGAUGUUCGCCCGCUCCGAGAACCUCAAGAUUCACACGCGCACUCACACUGGUGAGAAGCCAUUCCAGUGUGAGUUUUGCGAGCGACGCUUCGCCAACAGCAGCGACCGGAAGAAGCACUCACAGGUCCACACUGCGUCUAAGCCCUACGACUGCAAGGCACUUGGUUGCACCAAGUCCUACACCCACCCCAGUUCCCUGCGCAAACACAUGAAGGUUCACGUCAAGAUGUCACCUACCUCUGAACCCCAGGACCCAUAUGACUCCAUCCCUCAUCAACUACAACAACCUCAUCAGGCUCUCCUCGAGCCCCUCAACCUUAAAAUGAACCGUCUCUCUCCAUCACUUGCCAACAGAAAUUCAGAAUUUCCACUUCUGACUAAUCACGAACUAGGUAUUAGCUCAGACAGCGAAGUGGACCAUAAGCUGCUGCUGCGAAGUUCCUCCCCAAUGGCAAUGCCUCUGGAUCUGUCUUUGUCGGGCCUGAAAAAUCAGCUGGCCCAGAAGCAGCAGAGUGGAAGGACCCCACGUAGGAGCCAGCGCUCAGUCAACCCAGCCUUACCUCAGUUGUCUAACAUUAAAGAGUGGUAUGUCUGUACCAGGACUACAGCACCACACUUUCCUCUACUUCACCCAGACCACAUCAAAUCAGAACCUAGUGAUGACGAGGAGUACGUCACGUAGGAUGGAGGGACUGGUGAAACUGAAGGUUCACAACAGACCUCAUACGUUCACAGACCCAGGUCAGGUCAAAUGAUGCUCUUUGGAAUCAUAGUUUCUGUUAUUUUCUAGAACCAGUAGCUGUAUGGUUCAGCAUCAGUGGCACUUCUAAAACGCAGGAGGGUAUGAUCCGAUGGAUGGCUGUUCCACCGUCUCAGAUACAGAACUCGGCUCAGACAUCAUCACCAUCUGUGGACCAAAAGGAAUGGCUCAGAAAUGCCGCAAGGGACAAGAAGAAUUCUAUCACUAUGAUGAUCAAAUGAAACGUCUGAAAAAUAAUUGCAAGUUAUCUAAUCAGUGUUAGCUAGCUAACCUGAACUAACAAAGGGGAUUAUUUUGUACAAUUGAACCAGAGAAUGUUGGUGACUGUUGUGCUAGUUGUUAAAGAAUAUAAAGAGAGUGUGUGUGUGUACAUCAUGACCCCUCUAUAGAGACAGAUUUUUGACCAAUUUAUCUUCGACAUCCACCUAGAUGAAGCAAUCUCAAGGGCUAAAUUGACACAGAUGGAACGUGGGUAUUGUGAAUCUGAGCUCACAAUAUUAUUGUACAAAUGGUAAUAGACCGGGCGAGUGAAUGCCUUUGUAGGCCUCAGUAGGCUUUAAGCAAACUAUGUGGUACAAUGUGAGAAAGUUACAAAGUCUGUUGGAGGCAGCUCACUGUGCUGUCAGAAAUUGUCUCAGAUGCUGUUUGGCAAUCAGACCAGAUCUUUGUUUGACGCAAACUGAGGCCUUCACUUAUAACCCUUGGUAGUAACUUGCUCAAAAGUGUAUUAUGUCACCACAGUCUAUUCUAACACAGCAUCCAGCAGUAAAGCUUGAGAUUUAAGACAGUGGGAUCCCCUUUGUACUGAUCAAGUUUCCUUAACCUCUUCAACUCUAUGGACCUUUCAGAAAGUUCAUCAUGGAUUAAUGUUUACACUCCACUUCAAUUCAAUUCCCCAAGGUUUCCAAAAUGACCAUUUAGGUCAUUCACAUAUUCCUUUAACAAAAAUUGUGUAUUAAAUGAUGCACAACCCAUCUAGUAUUUUUCCUUUGAUCAAACAUGCAGCCAUAAAAAGUUCGGAUUUGAAUAUCCAGUCAAUGUAAGCAUCCUGUAAGGUAAAUGGAUCAAGAAAGUGCAAUGUAUUGUCUAAGAUUGCGGUGGAAGUUGAAAAAACUUAUAAUUUAUUAUUUGAAGAGAUCACUUUAAAUGCUUGAUAAAUGAGUCAUGUGCAUUAUCCAUCCACCAGUAGGUCAUUUCAAGCUGGACAUGAAAAUGAGCACAUCUGAAAUGUCUCCAAAAAUCCUUCAUUGCACAGGAAGACGGAUGCAUGGAUAAUUUGUGAAAAAAAUCAGACAGUAUAUUUCUAUCUUCAAAAUAAAUUUGGCUAAGAGGGGUUCAAACAAAUCAUCACAAGCUAAUUCAUUUGGAAGUCAAGAGCAGAGAGGGUAGGUGCAAGUUUAAGGGUAGAACUGUGUCAUGGAUGUUUUUAUUCUAAAGAGCAAUGCCAUCUACUCGAGCAGCUUGCAUCAAUUGACAUGGUUGGCGUGGUGGAGCAAUGGACUGCACUUUCACAAGUAAAGGGUCAAGGGUUUGAAUUCUCCAGCUGGGGCCUUUUUGACUGGAGUUCCAAACAUGCAUACUAAAUUACUACUGGUUGUUUGUCCAUUUGUAGCCCAAUGCUGGACUGGUGUACCAUACCUUUCACCCAAUGUGAGGGAUCGGCUCCAGCUCUCUGUGACCCUGUCAACAAUAGACUGGUGGGAUGGCAUGCGCUUGAAACUACAACAGCUCAAUAAAAUCCUUUGCAUUUGACCUGGAAGUCAAGUUUAGUUACAUGCUUCCUUCUAAAUUGCAUUUGAUAAAAAGUAAAGAGCCACGUAUGGAAAACAAGCACGUUAAGACCUUUUGACAAUAUCCAUUGCUCAGAGUACAUUCACUGAACCACUGGUUUGUCUUUAUGAAAUAUAGGAGACAGAUGACCCAUUAAACUUCUGUGGAUAUCAUCCUGUAACCCUUUAAUGUUCCACCUCUAACACCCUGACCCCAUGAUAAAGCAACACAAAAUCAUAAUCAACUUGUAACUAAAUGAGUCAAUGCGAAGGGAAAAACAAUUCAUUACACUGAACUAAGCUUCCUGCCCUUGUUGUUGAAUAGAGAACAUUUGAUCAACCAUUUUAUUAACCAUCCAAGAAGGGUUGAAUCAAGGGCAACUGUGUCUGUUUACUGCAACUUAUAGAUUUACAUCCCUCAUCCAAGAGGCUUCCUCAGUUCUGACUGAUCGGUGACGAGUUUAGGUAUUCAACCUCUGCAGGGUUGUUAUCAAGGCCUUUACAGUCAUCAGAGUCAUUGGGGUCAGAGCAGGCCAAGUGUAAUCGACAGUUGGAGAUUUUAGAGUCACAUGUGGCAAAGUGGGAAUCUCCAGGGAAGGGAUAAAAGAGCAGCAUUGUUGGUUGGAAAUAAGUGUUGUUGUAGACCUCCUCCACUGUUAAAGGAAUCUAUACACAAUAUGAUCAUUGUUGUUGUCCCUCCUUUGUUGAACUUGCAUGUAUUUAAGGGUUGUUCAGUCUCACCAAAAAUACAGGUCCGUGCAUUCCUCACUGCAAUGGACUGUAUAUCAGAUUGCUUUUGUUUUCUCUGGAUGUGUGGUUUUUGAGUUUUUAUUUUGUGUGAAAAACAGGGAUGUGAUGAUAUUUUUUUUAAAGAUUCCCCUGAGGUUCUAAGAUUCCUCUUUUCAGUGUUGUGUUAUUCCUUUACUCAACCCUUCCUGGAUAAGCAUGGCCUGGAUGUCUGAGAAUCUCCAUAGAAUUUUUUUUUACUGUACAGUAAUUUGAUUCUUUAAACAGACUUCUGAAAACAGGUGAGAAGACUUUGUCUGUCUUUUUACAUGACAACAACGCUCAUAAGGCUUAAGAGAACAAUACUUUAAUGAUGAGUUAAGUGUAAGUUCAGGAUAUUUUUCUCAAAUAUAACUGAAGAUCAUCUGAUACAAAUUGCAAGCUCUCAGGCACAUCUGCAACGAUUUAGACCAAGAGAAGUUCCAGACUGAUUGGUUUGGGUGCACUACUGUUCCACUAACUGAACUACUACGUAAAGUCAGGGUCUCCACAUAAUUCAAGCGAGCUAAAUUAAUCCAUGUUUAGAUUUGUGAUUAAUUAAUAUCAGACAUGAAGUGGAUAUGCCCUACCAGCUCAGACUUCUUCACACCAAGGUGCUUUUAAAAUUACCAUAGACUGAUACUCUUUUUCACCACGGACCAAUCUUUAAUCUGCAGGACUGAACCCUGUGACACAAUUGUACCCCAAACCUGUUGACCUGUGAUAUCUUAUGUCCAUCAUAUUAACUAGAAAAGGUAUUGGAUACAGGUCAGACAGUGUAUUUGCACCUAAACCAGCACUCAAGUCUUUAUGAGUGCCGUGAAUUUGGGUGUCAGACUUUUAAUGUGAAGGAACCAGCCCUUCUACUUAAGAUUAAAAGUCAGAGCUGUAAACAGACUGAACCAGCAGUAUGUGAGGUAACAAGAACAUGUUUUGUUUUUUCUAUUAAUAUUUUAGAGAAGGUGCUGGCUCAAGUCUCAAGGUCAUUUAAAAGUGAGUAAAAUUGCAUUUUACAUCCACUGGUUUACUGCAUGAGUCAUGUGCAGUCUUCAAAGAGCAAUAAAAAAGUGUGAUGAAUUUCUCAUGAAUUUUCUCAUUCAAAAGAAAAUGUAAUUGGUUAAAUAAAUCAUUUAAACCCUAA